AUGGUUGCGACAUUAGGGGAUGACGCUCCAGCUUUAUCGGCUGUGCAAAAGUGGGCAGCUGAAUUUAGAAGAGAAAGAGAUAACCUUGAAGAUGACCCGAGGUCUGGACGUCCUGCAACUGCUACCACCGAGAAAAACAUUGACUGUGUUCACAACAUGUUGAUGGAUGACAGACAAUUGACUAUGAAUCAAAUAGUCAAUGUUAUUAACAUAACCUGUGAGAAAGUUAAGAAUAUUCUGAACAAUGAACUUGGCAAGACGAAGGUUUCUGCUUGGUGGGUGCCACGUCUUCUGAUACGUAAUCAAAAAUGCACCAGUCUGAUCACAUCACAGAGAAACCUCAUAUCUUUAAAAGCAGCUCCAGCUGAUUUCCUAGAAUCUUUCCUAAGCCAGGAUGACUGUUUUGAUUCAUCACUUUGA